GCGUCCCCCGCCGGGCGGCGUGGUGCGCUCCGGGGCGGCUCCAGGCGGACGGGCGGAGCAGCAGACACGCAGGGCGGAGGCGCAGUCUGCACCGCACCAUGGCGUAUCCCGGGCACCCUGGCGCCGGCGGAGGGUACUACCCAGGCGGGUAUGGAGGAGCUCCUGGGGGGCCUGCGUUCCCUGGACAGACUCAGGAUCCGCUCUAUGGUUACUUUGCUGCUGUAGCUGGGCAGGACGGGCAAAUUGAUGCUGAUGAGUUGCAGAGAUGUCUAACACAGUCUGGCAUUGCGGGAGGAUACAAACCUUUUAACCUGGAGACUUGUCGCCUUAUGGUUUCAAUGUUGGAUAGAGAUAUGUCUGGCACGAUGGGGUUCAAUGAAUUCAAAGAGCUCUGGGCUGUGCUGAAUGGCUGGAGACAACACUUCAUCAGUUUCGAUAGCGAUAGGAGUGGAACGGUGGAUCCCCAGGAGCUGCAGAAGGCCCUAACGACUAUGGGAUUCAGGUUGAGUCCUCAAACUGUAAAUUCAGUUGCAAAGCGAUACAGCACCAGUGGGAAGAUCACCUUUGAUGACUACAUCGCCUGCUGUGUCAAACUGCGGGCUCUCACAGAUAGCUUUCGAAGACGGGAUUCUGGUCAACAAGGAGUUGUGAAUUUCUCGUAUGAUGAUUUCAUCCAGUGUGUCAUGACCGUCUAACUCAAGAGGAAGCUGUCUGAAUAUGUUCAACAUUCCAACUGGAGCCUGCCCUUGCUUCCUCUCUGCCUCCAGUGCUGUGUGCAGCCUCCACCAGCAGACACUCCCUGACAGCCCUUGAACGGGAUUAUGACUUUAUAUAGAACUGCAGCUUCAUUUUUCAUUUUGAUAAUAAAUUCCUUUGAAGUUUAAUAAUAUAAAAACAAGUCUGUUAUACCAGUCAGAACCUCCUGAGCCAUUAUCAAUCAUGCCUUAUUUUCCUGCUAACCCUCUUUUAUAUAAAGUAUGCAAAAUAUUUAACAUAUAUUACAUAUUUUCUUGUGAUAUAUGACACUUUUUCAUCAGACUUAGCUCUUAUUCUUUCCCUAAGGAAUGUGGUUAACAGUUUGUGUGGGGUAUUCUUAAGUGACAUAGAUCCACAGUGGUGCAAAACAAACCAAUGAACCUGGCAAUCCACAUACUAGAAAGUACAAGUUUUAGGACUUCACCAAGUUCUUCGUUGCCAUCCACCCCAAACUUUUGUUAAUUAUACUUAAAGGUCUUGAAUACUGUAAGUUUAAAAUUGUCAGAAAAAAGACUAAAGAGAAAUAAGAAUAUAUUCACUGUUUCUUUUUUACUAGAGAGAUUCUAGAUGUCUUUAAUUUCCUUUGUAUAUUUCUGUAUCUCCCAAAUUUUUAAUAAUGUGUAUGCUUUCAUUUUAAAACCAGGUGUCAGGGGAGGAGAGACCUCUCAGCAGCAAAGAGCAUGCCCUGCUCUUGCAGAGGACUAAAGUUCCCAGCACCCAUGAUGGGUGAUUUAGUACUGCCUCAUGCCCCCCAUGGGCACCUACCUGCAUUUCACCUGCAGAUACCCCAGUACAAACAUAUAUGCAUGCACAUAAUUAAAAAGUAAUAAAAAAUAAGUAAGCCAAGCAGGUUCCGUUUUAAAAAAUUGUGGACAUUCAUAUUUGAAUGUCAUUUGUUCAUGAUCUUAAACACACAAAAGAAAGGGACUCUAAUGAAUGUCUUGAUCUGGCUUUAACUACUGGGAGUAGAGUCUUCCUUCUCACUCAGUUUCCAAGUAUUCUCUAAUAGUUUAUUUGGUUUUGCACACACACACACACACACACACACAGAGGGGAAGGGGAAGGAGGGAGAGAGAGAAAGAGAGAGGAAAAUAGGGAUUUUUUUCCAAAUGUUUAAAUCAUUGGCUUGCUGGCAAUGCCUUGCUAUGUAUGUGCCUUGAACAUUUUAUGUAAUGACAGGACACUUAGUGUCCCUAUCUUUGAAAAGACUAAUUACCCUUGAGGUAGUUCUGAGCGUGCAAAAGUAUGUUGAUAUGAAAAGUAUCCCCAGUGUUUUGUUCUUACAGUUUGGCAGCUAACAAUGGUAGCAGUCUGCUCUUGCUAGCAAUGUAUCUGUCGUGUUUCUGGCACAACGUGAACUUGACCAUCCACGUGACCGAUUAACUUAUCAACUGGUGAAAUAAACAUUCCAUAAGCAUA